GUGCUACCGGUCAGCCAUAACUCUUCGCUUCAUUAAUGUGACCUCGCAUCUGUCGCUACUCUGAUUUCACGGCCGAGAGCGUUGCUUCGCUGGAAACCACAGAUGCCGUGAGGCCUGAAGGUCUGUUGUGUCUGAGUGUUCUCCUCGUCCUCGACGCCCUUUUUGAUGCUCACGUCUACGUUUGUGUCUAGUUUUUCCCCUUUUGUUUUGAGCAGAAGCGGGUCACUUUACAUCAACACAGCGAGCAGGUCAUUUGCCUCCUGGUGUUGACAGUCAUGGGGGGUGUGCUCCGAUCCACCACUCGCGUGCAUGGACGGACCUUCAGCCCACCCUGGUCAUUCUGCGUGGUCCUCCUCUAUCUCCUGCAAACAAACCAAUGCCAAGUCAAGCAGGAUGUGCUCACACCAUAUGUUGCUCUUUGCCAAUGACAUGCAAUAAUAACAUAAAUGGGUGUAAAAAGGUUGUGAGGGGUUUAUAAUCUUUUUUAGGCGCUGACUAGUUUCUGUACUUCCCUUUAGUGUUAAGUAAGAUCACAAAAAUGUAAACGCCUACUAAGAAUCUAAAGGUUGUGUAUAAAGGUCCUCCAGGCGCAUCCCAUGUGAAUCAUCCCUAGUAUGUCUCAUCAUCCAGAUGGCCGGUGGCCUUAACGGCUGUGUAGGCUGAGUUUUUCCCGUAAAUCGCUGCAGACGUGUGCAGCUUCUAAACGGACACACACCGGCGGCGGCUGGUGCGAGUGACGCCCGGUGGGCGUGGCCCGGCCAGGAAGGACCGCACCUCCGAGCCUCCGCCAAUCCGAGCGAAAGCCGGCUCCUGCUGAAACCAGAUGACCCCAGAUAUAUAGCUGGAAGACGUAGCUGAUGCAACACUGGUCGCAGCUUAAAGACGAGGCCGCGUCUCACUGAACAAGUCAGAUUUAGUCUGCAGAUCCUCAUUAGAUUCACCGGUACCAGCAUGCCUGUGAUCAGAACCCUCACCCAGGUGGCCAAGCGGGCCGUGCUCAGCGGCCCAGCCUGCGCGUGCGCGCCCCUCACCGUCGCCGUGCGCAACAUCAGCUUCUCCCCUCGACAGGUGACGUCCGACGCCAGCUUCCACUCUGUGUCCUUCUCAGAAACCGACCACCCCAAGGUGCUAAUUACAGGAGGCCUCGGCCAGCUCGGGGUGGGCCUAGCCAAGCUGCUGAGGAAGAGAUUUGGAAAGAACAACGUUAUCCUGUCCGACAUCCGGAAACCUCCGAGCAGCGUCUUCCACAGCGGACCCUUCAUCUACUCAGACAUCUUGGACUACAAGAAUCUCAGGGAAAUAGUGGUGAACAACCGCAUCACCUGGCUGGUCCACUACAGCGCCCUCCUCAGUGCCGUGGGCGAGGCCAACGUGGCUCUGGCCCGCUCUGUGAACAUCACCGGGCUGCACAACAUCCUGGACAUCGCCGCGGAGCACGGCCUGCGCCUGUUUGUCCCCAGCACCAUCGGAGCCUUCGGGCCCACGUCCCCGCGCAACCCCACGCCGGACCUCUGCGUGCAGAGGCCUCGCACCAUCUACGGCGUCUCCAAAGUCCACGCCGAGCUGAUGGGAGAGUACUACCACCACCGGUACGGCCUGGACUUCCGCUGCCUCCGCUACCCGGGCAUCAUCUCGGCCGACUCCAUGCCGGGAGGCGGCACGACAGACUACGCUGUGCAGAUUUUCCACGACGCCAUCAAGUCGGGCAAGUUCGAGUGCAACCUGAAGCCGGACACGCGGCUGCCCAUGAUGUACAUCGACGACUGCCUCCGCGCCACGCUGGAGGUGAUGGAGGCGCCCGCCGACUCGCUCAGCAUGAGGACCUACAACAUCAACGCCAUGAGCUUCACCCCCGAGGAGCUGGGCCAGGAGCUGCAGAAGCAGAUGCCCGAGCUGGAGGUCACGUACGACGUGGACCCCGUGCGACAGGCCAUCGCCGACAGCUGGCCCAUGAACUUCGACGACUCCAACGCGCGCAGCGACUGGGGCUGGAAGCACGACUACGACCUGCCGGAGCUCGUCCAGACCAUGCUGAACUACUUUGGGGUGGACACGCGCAUGGCUCGCGCUAACUGAGGCACCGGCGGGCGCUUCCUGUACAUACUGUAAAGACCGACCAAAGAGACUAGAAAAAGCUGGACGGACUGAUUCUGUCUGUUCGGCUCUGCUUCCCCGGAACGAGCCGAUGGGGUUUCCGGGGAAACCCCAUCUUUGCUCUCGUCAACCUUUUUUUUGUUUUUUUAUCUGCUUGAGAUUUGGGGUGAACACGCUAAAGGUUUCCAGCUGCACGAGGGCGCAACAGUGAUUUGCACGUUCAUUAAUUCCAAUGUUUUCCGAACAAAAGCAAUCGAGUUGAGAAACGGGGGGAAUUUCGUGGACUCUAAUCCGAAUCGGUGUUUUCCGCUAAAUUUCCGAGCAGUGUCAAAAAUCAGGUGUUGGGGGAAUAAAGCUUGUGGCUGGAUGCAUCAGCUGCGUCCUCUGAUGCACCUAGGAUGGAUUCAUGAGCCCAACCACCGGCGGACGGGAUCCCGAUAGAGCGGGUCUGUAGUUUGAGCAGCGUGGAGCGAUAUUUGUUAAGAAUCGUUCUUCUGUCUAUUCCAUGUAACAUUAUUUAUUGUCUGAUGGUGUCAAAUGCCUUUUUUUCUAAGUCUUUCUGUCCACUCUUGUUUUAUUCUAUUUUAGUGUGCAGAGAAAAGAGACGUUGCCUCUACCUGUUCUCUCAAACACACGAACUUUGAGAAUAAAGAACUUUUUCUUUUUUCACACAAA